AUGAAACUCGACAAGGACUCGUUCUUGACGAGAUUGGGCAAGUUAUUCGAAGCAAACAAGACAACUGGAACUGUAUGGCUGACGUUCAAAAGACUCACGUAUGCCAAAAAGAAGGAAACAAUCAACCCUCCUGCUGAUGUGCUAGAAGAUCCUGAAAUUGAAUUCCCUUGUAUUAUACGCGCUACCAAUGGGAAGAUAAAAAUCAGUACCUUGGUCAUGGCAGGCGACUUGGACAAAUUCCAUGAUGCCUUGACGAAUCUUUGUAAAGUGCAUAUGGAUGCUCUGAAGAAGAAGGAACGCGUCAAGAAGCCGAAAAAGACAAAAGCGAAACCUGAAGCUGUCGCUAAAUCUUGA